GGAGCAAGGAGGACCCAUGUUAAUUAUUACCCGCGGCCACCGGAUCUCUGCCCCGCCCCCGUGGUGGCCUGCUGCCUGCCGGCCGUUCUCUCCCUCGCUGCCGCCACCUGCUUCCCGCACUGGACAUGGCGGGCAAGGCACACAGGCUGAGUGCUGAGGAGCGGGAGCAGCUGUUGCCAAACCUGAGGGCUGUGGGGUGGAAUGAAGUGGAAGGCCGAGACGCCAUUUUCAAGCAGUUCCAUUUUAAAGACUUCAAUCGGGCUUUUGGCUUCAUGACUAGAGUCGCCCUUCAGGCUGAAAAGCUAGACCACCAUCCUGAGUGGUUUAACGUGUACAACAAGGUCCAUAUCACCUUGAGCACCCACGAAUGUGCUGGCCUUUCAGAACGGGAUAUAAACCUGGCCAGCUUCAUCGAACAAGUCGCUGUGUCUAUGACAUAGAUCUACCUUGUCUCUUAUUUCCUUGGGGAAAGGAGUGACUGGAGGAGGAACCUAGGAGGCUGGCCCUUGUUGCUCCCUGACUCUUGCAGUGAAGACCACCACCUUCAGGGAUAUAAAUCCCUCCCUGUGCAGAAUGAUGUCCGUGUUACUGGCAGGGACUGAGACCUUUCCCCAUGCCACUCCUCACUGGGGCUCUGCCAUGUUACACUAAUUUGAAUAAGCUCUCCCUUUAUCCGUGGAGUUCUCAGCCUCAGUAGUGUUCCAGGUAGCUGUGAUAAAGCAUGACAUAAACUCAAAUUCAGAUCCUACUACUAAAACAAGCCCCAAUAUGUUAUGGAAACAUGUGCUUUUAUGCCCCCAAUAAAACUAUGCUAUCAAUAG